AUGUCGACCGACGUGAAGACCACUGACCAACAUACCCUCGAACAUGUCAACACGCUUGACAAGGAUGUCGUCGAGGUCAAACAAGUCAGCGGUAGCCAGGCGUACAACGAAGCCCUGAUCCAGGAACCCGUCUCGUGGAAGGACACGCGCAUGCUCUUGUUGUUCGUCGUGUUGCUGCCGGGCUUCUUCUGCCAAACCAUGAACGGCUACGACACGAUGCUCUUUGGCGGUCUGCUCAACAACAAGGAGUACUUUCUCAAGCACUUCAACGGCGAGAACAAGGGCAUCUGGGCUGGACUGAUCACGUCCAUGUACCAGAUCGGCGGUGUGUCCGCGUUGCCCUUUGUCGGCCCUUGCAUCGAUCAGUGGGGCCGCCGUCCUGGCAUGUUCAUCGGGUCCUUCCUGAUCAUCAUCGGCACCAUCGUCCAAGGUCUCACGUCUGCCAACGCGUCCGAGGGCCAGAUGAUGGGCGGUCGGUUCGUCCUCGGGUUCGGCGUGUCCAUUGCCGCGGCCGCCGGGCCAAUCUGGAUCGUCGAGACGGCCCAUCCCAAGUACCGAUCGGUCGUGACGGGUCUUUGCAACACCACCUGGCUCGCUGGGUCCAUCUUGUCGUCGGGCAUCACCCGUGGCGGUCUGGACAUCAAGAGCAACAAUUCCUGGCUGAUCCCCAUCUGGUUCCAGAUGGUGUUCCCUGGCCUGAUCUGCCUCUUUGCUUUCGUCGUCCCAGAAUCUCCGAGGUGGCUUUACGCUCACGGCAAGCGCGAGUCCGCCGUCAAUAUCCUAACCAAGUGGCACGGCGACGGGAACCGGGAAUCCGCCUGGGUCAAGCUCCAGCUUGUGGAGUACGAAGAGUAUCUCGAACUCGAUGGAUCAGACAAACGCUUCUGGGACUACCGCGCUCUUUUCAACAAGCGGUCCAGCAUCAUUCGCAUCUCUGUGGCAUGCUGGUUCUCGGCCUUUACUCAAUGGUGCGGAAACAGUGUCCUGUCAUACUUCAUGGCCGCCGUCCUUGAUACGGCAGGCGUGAAUAGCUCCAUCGGCAAAGCCAAUGUCCAGCUCGGGUACAGCAUCGAGCAAUUUCUCUGCGCCGUCAUCGGAGCCCAUUUCGUCGAAAAGAUUGGUCGUCGCAAGAUGAUGAUGUGUGGCUUCUUUGGUGUUUCUGUCGUUUGGGUCUGCAUGACCGCUUCGGCCGGCACUCUCGCCAACUCUCUCGUGUCUGGAAGUGUCAACGACAGCGACGCAGUCUUCACGAACAAAACUGCCGGUAAUGCGGUGUUGGCGUUUAUCUUCGUCUUUGGCGCCGUAUACUCGUUCAACCUUACACCGUUACAGGCCCUCUACCCGGUCGAAUGUAUCUCGUACGAAAUCCGCGCCAAGGGAAUGGCGUUCCAGUCAUUUUUCGUCAACGCCGCCGGUCUCCUGAACCAGUUCGCGUGGCCGAUUGCGAUCAAGAAGAUCGAAUGGAAGACGUACAUCAUCUUUGUGGCGUGGACGUUCAGCCACGGUGUUUUGGCGUACUUCUUUUUCCCUGAAACGAGGAAGAGAACUCUCGAAGAACUCGACAAGAUCUUCGAGGCAAAGAACCCGGUCAAGUACUCCGUUCAACAACACACUUUGGCCAUCACCGAGGACAAGACCGUGGUGACUCUUGACAAGGAAAAGGGGGAGCAAGUGUGA